AGAAGGCCUCCAAGAUCCCGUUCAGCCCUAUGAUUCUAUGUUCUAUGAGCAUCCCUGUUGGGAGUGGAUCAUCAGACUGAGAGAGGCAGGAACAGAUCUGCAGGGUUCGUCUUGGACCUGCCGAGGGAAAGAUGUCGAGAGUCUUCUCCACCAGCCUUCGUUGCCGGUUGCCCGUGCUGCUCUUUCUCUUUCAAGGUGCCCUCCUCGUCAUCUUUGUACUGUUCGCGACGUAUGACCGACACACGGAUGCUGCCGGCCAGCCUGCCGACGUUGACCCAGCUGGCAACCAGCUCUACGUCUUCUUCUCUCUCUUCCAAGACAUCCAGCUGAUGUUGUUGGUCGGCCUCGGGUUGCUGCUGGCGUUUAUGAAAGGCUACGGCGUCAGUGCUGUGGCCUACAACUUCCUCUUGUCCAACUUCUGCAUGCAGUGGGCCCUGAUCGUGCAAGGGUUCAUCUACCAUUACCAUGAGGGAAAGAUCCAUCUAGGCCUCUAUAACCUCCUGACUGCCGAGUUUGCCACCGUGACCGUUCUCAUCUCCGCAGGCGCCAUCUUGGGCCGAACGAGUCCCAUCCAACUUCUCCUCAUGGGCUUCUUCGAGGUGCCCCUCUACGUGGCUUCUGAGUGGCUAGUUUUAAGCUACUUCCAAGCGGUGGACAUUGGAGGAAGUGUAACCGUCCAUGUCUUUUCUUGCUAUUUUGGCCUGGGGGCCUCCAUAGCUUUGUAUCGGUCAGGACUCCGGACAGGACACCCCAAGGAGACUCCUUCAUAUAUCUCGGAUCUUCUCUCCUUGGUGGGCGCCAUAUUCCUUUGGGUCUUCUGGCCCAGUUUUGUUUCUGUUCUUGUCCAUCCGGGCGACGGCCAACAUAGGGCUGUGCUACACACCUGGAUUACCCUGAGUGCUAGCGUCUUGACCACGUUUGCCAUCUCCAGCCUCUUAGAGAAGAAGGGCAAAGUCAGCAUGGGCCACCUGCAGAAUGCCACCUUGGCUGGAGGUGUGGCCAUUGGCACAGUAGCCGACAUGGCCAUUAAUCCAGGUGGGGCCUUUUUCCUGGGAAUUCUGUCAUCUGUGGCCUGCAUCCUCGGCUUCAAAUAUAUGACCCCCUUCUUGGCCAACAAACUCCAUAUUCAAGACCAGUGUGGGAUCCACAACCUUCACGGUCUUCCGGGCAUCAUUGGCGCCGUCGCUGGGAUCGCGGCCAUUUUGUUAGUACCAGAUGAAGCCUACGGCCACCAGCUUUACCACGUCUUCCCCGCGAGGAGUCCACCGUUACAAAAUGCCACCGUGGAGACCACCUUCAUUGGAGAAGCCCUGGGGCGGAGUGCUUUGCAGCAGGCUCUUUUUCAAGCUGUAGGCCUCGGUGUCUCGGUCAUUGUGUCUCUCGUCGGAGGGUAUCUCACAGGGUUGCUUUUAAAACUCCCCUUCUUGGCCCAGCCCCCUGACCAAUUCUGCUUUGACGACGAGCUUUAUUUUCAAAUCCAGAAGCCCCUUGAGACCUUGAGUGAGGACCAAGCGGAUGGAGGCCUUCAGGUGCCAUUGAAGAGCAAAGUUUGACUGCCUUUUAUUUAUCCCUGAAAAAGCGGUAAUAAAAUUCCUCCAUGUAGCAUCCUCACUACGGGCCUAGAUUUCACGGAGCGUCCUCAAUAUUGAUCCACUGAUCAAUACUGAGAAGAUGGAAUCUUCUAAAUUUGGAGGGCAGGGGGUUAGUUUUGAAUCCGUGACAAAAUAUCCCCUUGCAAACAGGGGAAACUCUGCUUUUUAUAUCUCGCUGCGUCGUACAGGUAAUCCUUGACUUAUGACCGGUCGCUUAGCAACUGUUCAAAGUUACAACAAAGCCACAACAAAAGGGACUUGUGACCUAGUUUUAACGUUCUGAUGGCCACAUCCCCCCUAAAUAUGUGACUGCAUUUUGGGCACUAGGAAAAUGGCCGACAUUUAUAACUCUUUGCAGUGCCUUACAAUCACGUCACUUAUUUGCAAUGUUUUUGCAUUUACUUCCCAUUUCCGGCAACAAAAAAACCCACCCCGUAGCAUGCAAUGGAUUUGCUUAACAGCCGUGGUGCUUGCUUUAUGACCAUCGUGUUCCUUUCACAACUGCAGCAAAAAAGGAGGUAAAAUUGGGCAGCCAUAUGACCCACAACUACUCUACAGUUCAGAAGUGGGUUUCAGCAGGUUCUGACCAGUUCUGGAGAACCGGUAGCGGAAAUUUUGAGUAGUUUGGAGAACCGGUAAUAAAAAUUCGGACUGGCCCCAUCUCCAUCUAUUCUCUGCCUCCCAAGUCCCAGCUGAUCGGGAGGAAAUGGGGAUUUUGCAGAAACC